AUGUGGAGACACUUGCAGCGUUCAUGCCAUCGACCCCUUCAUCCCAUUUACUCGCGUCCUUAUUCUCAGCUACCCGGGAAAAAUGUCUUUACGAAACAUAAUAUUUCUUGCAGUGCUCCACCGGAGUUAUCUUCAGGAAAACGCAUUGCCAACGUUUUAAUUGCUUUCUGCGCUGGCUUCUCUAUCUACUUCUUCCUUGAUGAGCCUGCUUCACAGUUCGAAAGACCGUCAAAUUCACCCAACAAAUUUAUCUUGUCUAAAGUCAUAUCUAAUGAGGACUCGGGACCUGGCACAAAGCUUCUCAAAAUUGCUGCACCGACUUAUUUCUUGCCCCACAACAAUACGGCGAACAGUUUUGAUCCUAUAUGGUCAGUUUAUAUCAAAGAUGAUGAUAUACAAGUCGAAAGGCCUUACACGCCAUUGAAUGGUGUCGAUGAAAACGGACAAAUGACAUUUUGGAUCAAGAAAUACCCCAACGGAGAGGUCGGGCGUUGGCUUCACACCAAACGCAUUGGUGAGCCAAUAGAAUUCCGCGGUCCGCUUACAACCUGGACAUGGAGAGAAGACACCUGGGAUGAAGUUGUGAUGAUUUCUGGUGGCACAGGCAUAACACCUUUUGUUCAAUUAUUUCACAACGUGAUAUCGAAGUCCCCAAACACAAAGACACGAUUCACUUUACUGCACUCUUCUCGUGUACCUGAGGAGUUGCCUCCACCUUCUCUUUUAGAUCCCAUGAUUACCUUCUCGAUAGACAACCCAGACAAGUUAAAAUUUCAUGUCUUCGUGGAUGAGCAAGAUGGAUCCGAACCUUCCACAAGUAUUCCCGCAAUUUACACUGGAAGAAUAUCAGAAAAUACUUUAAAACGUCAUGUAUUUCCGGAAGAACCUAAGAUAUCAUGGUGGAUGAGCCUUUUCACCAAUCCACCCCCGACCCCCGACCCUCGCUCACGUCGAAUACUAUUUCUCGUAUGCGGACCUGAGCCGAUGAUAAGUGCAAUUGCUGGUCCUUACGGCCGCAAUUUUUCACAAGGAUCUGUAGGCGGAAUACUGGGUAAAUUGGGCAUUGUUUCCGAUCAAGUGUACAAAUUAUGA